AAGAGGUUUUCUGUUUUAUUCGACUUUAUCAGAAAAGGGUUUUUGUGAUAAGAAUGGCUUUGGUUUCAAAUUUUUGGCAUCACAUAGCAAUUACUAUAAAAAGAGCUCCACCGGACCAGUAGAAACAGUAAACUUUUUGUAAGUGGUGGAUAUAGACUAGGAUUAUACUAUAACCAAAUGAAAGAUCUCACAAGUUACGAUGCCCAGGAAAGGAUAUGGAGCGGAAAGAAACGCUUCCAAAUGUAUAGCGAAGAAACGUCGUUGGGUAUGGUUAUCUGCAAAACUAUGAGAACCUUCCCAAAAAAUGUGUGCCAGAUCAAUGAUGUAGAUGGCGUGUCAGUGACCUUUGAACAAGGAAUUUCAUGGGCUAUUCGGAUGGCCCAGCACUUCAAGAAACGAGGUCUGAAACACUCCGAUGUUAUAGGCAUUGUAGCCAGGAACACCACUUACGUAAUGUCUUUGGGAGUGGCUUGUUUUCUCAAUGCAACACCCCUUCACGCAGUGAAUCCGGGUAUGGAUGAGGCUACUACCAACCACGUGUUCUCCAUAACCAAACCAAGCCUGAUAUUCUGCGAUGGCCAAGACUACCAGAAGGUCCGGGCAGCUACCAGCGAGUGGCAACCGGAGAUCUUCACAAUCACCGAACCCCUUCCAGGAGUACCGCACAUUGAGACCUUGCUGGAUCCUACUCCGACCGAGUUCUGUUAUCAACCAGAGCCCCUGAAGGAAGGUGGCGAGCAAACGGCGGCUAUUUUGUGUUCCUCGGGGACCACCGGCUUACCCAAGGCUGUUUGUAUUUCUAAUCGAUGCUUGUUGAACCUUGAGAGUUUUAUGCUGAAUAACGAAGUGGUAUUUUACUCCGCCUCUGGCUUGGAUUGGUAUACUGGCCUGACCUUUUUCAUCAUGUCUACCACUAUCGGCUUUACCCGUAUCAUUACCAAGAAACCCUUUUCUGCCGAAUAUUUUGUCCAACUUGUGGAGAAGUACAAGAUUACCAAUGCCAUUUUUCCGCCGCGGCAGUUAUCCGCUUUGGUUAAUUGCUCUGCGGCCACUAAGGAGUCCUUAAUAUCUUUGGAACGUAUAUUUUACGGCGGAGGAAUCACCUCCAUUGAAAACCAAAAGCGUCUUCAGGAACUAGUCCCAAAAGCUGUUUUGUUAUCCGUUUAUGCAUUUACUGAAGCCGGAUUCAUUGCCGCACUUUGGGGAUUGGGUAGUGGGAACUCGGUGGGAAAUCCUCUUACUGGAAUAAAAAUCCGAAUUGUGGAUGACGACGGAAAGUUCUUAACCUACAAUGAAGUAGGUGAAAUCUACGUUAAAACUGGACUACCCUGGAAUGGGUACUAUGGCAAUUCUCUGGAAUCACGAUGGAUGCAGGACUUGGAUGGAUGGUACCACACCGGGGAUCUGGCCUACUUCGACGAAAAGAAUCUGCUGUACAUCGUGGACCGCAAAAAAGAGAUCCUCAAGUACCAGGGAAAUCACUACUGGCCGUCCGAAAUUGAGGGUGCUGUAUCGGAGUUGUCCCAGAUCCAGGAGGUGUGUGUGGUGGGUAUUUAUGACGAGAAGAAUGGAGACUCCGCCGGUGCCUUGGUGGUUAAGAAGAACGGUGCCUCCAUCAACGAGCAGGAGAUCAUCGACCAUGUGGCCAAACGACUGCCUGUCGUUUAUAAACAACUCCAUGCUGGAGUUCAAUUUACUGAGCAGCUUCCAGCUAAUUUAAAUGGAAAGACUGUCAAGAGGGCAGCUCGCGAAGAGUUUAUAGCUAAAAAGUUAGCUGCAGUUUAAAUAUUUGUUAGAAUUUUUAAUGGUAUCUAAUUUUAUGACGAGUCAGGAG